GCCAUCAGGGGGCGUGCCUGUGCCUUUGAGACAAACCAACUGUUGGUAGUUUUUAUGAUUGAUUUUGAUUCGGGACAUAAUGUGUACGUGCCUUGAAACUCGUAUCACCUCAGCUGUAGCGAGGUAGUCUAAGGUAGUAUCAGGAUGCUGCGCAGAUCAUCUUUAACUCCCAAUCGCUAACUUCAACCAAGGCAAGAUGUCUGGGUUCAUACAGCUGCUGAGAAAAAGAAAAGAGCUUAUUCCUUUAAUUGGAUUCGUGGGUAGCGCUGCAGCCGGCGCAGCUGGUGUGUCACUUUACUUCUUGCUGACCAAACCUGAUGUGAUAAUAAACCGGUCGACAAACCCUGAGCCCUGGGAAAGGAUAUAUCCAUCCAAACCACAAAAGCUCAUUACCAUCAACCAGCAGUGGAAGCCAGUGGAGGAGCUGGAAUUGGUGAAGAGCUUGACUAAGUGAACGUCCCCAAGGUGCUCCCCUGCCCCCAGACACUUCCACCACAUGCACCUGCUCAUGCACCUGUUCCUGCACGUCCCACCAGUCUAGAGGAAUCCUUUCUGCACAAACUAGGCUCAUGGAUGAACAGUGUGCGGAAAUGCUUCUGCUAAACUGGUGGGUUAUACCCUGCUCUGCCUCAGUCCAUGUCCUGCCUCAACCUCUGAGAAGUUUGAAUGUGAUUCAUCUUCUGUAUCUGAAAUACAUGUUAUGUUUGUGCACUUGGUAUGUCCUGAUAUAACCCUGUUCCUGAAAUAAAGCCUUCCAAAUGA